AGCGGUAACAAGAUGGUCACAACAGCAAGUCUGUCAACAGCCCAACCAUGUACUCGUUCAAGAGCUUAAUAAUUGCGGCCGUCCUUGUCCAGAUGGUGGUCGUCAUCCAGGGUGGAAUCUAUAGCACAGAGGACACAUGGGUUCUUGCGGACAGAACGAAGGAUCUGCCUGAGGACGCCGUUCUGGGUGGAAUCGAUCCUGAAGGUUACUACAACUACGUGGGACGUGUGACGUACGUCAGCAAUGUUCUUCCCGCUCGAGUGGUUCCGGAAUUGGGACGGGCAACCUCCAACACGGACACUUUGAAUUUCGUAACUGUUACCUACGAGGUCCUCGUGUCUAAUGCCACAGUUAGCUACGAAUGGAUCCGCAGUUACGAUGGUUUCCGGGAGAAAAACGCCGUAUCCGUGGGAACCAACACCGCCAACGAUCGCGUCUUCAUCUGUCGCAUCCGUUCUGAUGAUGCGGUCUUUAUUGGAACCCUGUACCCUUCGAAACGGAAGUGCAUUGUCAAGUACGACAAUCUCCCUCUCCGUGAGUUCGCCAAGUACGAGAUCCUGAUCAGAAAGCGCCACGUGGCUCCAUUUGUGCCAUACGUUUUGUAAAUUGGUUCAUAGCACACUAAGUGCUAGCAAAUAAAAUGCAUAUUUAUUGAUCAAAAAA